UCUCCUGAAGUUAGUUGCAUAUGCUUGCUCGGAAUUCAUAAUUGUCAUUGCCCAGAGCAUAAAGCCCUUUUCAAAAAUAACGUCAGUACCGAUUCGGAAUGAUGGGCGUUGGUCAUUCGAUCAUUCGUGACCGUUAUAUAUAAGCCUCAGGCCACCUUAAAUGUCUGUAUAGACUCUAUUCGUGAUUUACAGAGUGAUCCCGCUCCCUUAGGAGGAUGAACGUCAUGAUACCCGAGAUACCCCAAGAAAUCAUAUGCGCUGUUAUCGAGAGUUUGGAAUAUCCCAAGGACAUCGAUACCUGGAAGUCAUGUUCUCUUGUCUGCCGUACAUGGCGUCCCGUUGCUCAGCAAUGCAUUCACCGGCAGUAUACCUAUCGCUCCGAAAAGAGUUUUGGAUCGUGUCUUUUAGGCGCAUCUGAGCCCCCUACCUUCGCAUCCAUGAUCCCUUACCCCAAUAUCCUCCGCUACAUCCGAUCUUUCAGAAUUCUUGGAACGUCCUAUAGAUGUCUCUCGUCUCCACCGCUCCUUCAAAAAAUCAUCAGCCACCUUGCGCGAGUAGCGAAUGUUGACAUAGGAUCAUUGAGCAUGGACGACCUGCCCCCAUCCUACGGUGGCAUCCCCGAGCUUUUCCAUCUUCCGACGAUCUCCUCCGUCCACCUCGCUGAUUCAGUGCUGAGGCCUGUGGAUGCGGAGGCACUGUUCGAGAACUCGUCGUCGUUGAAGUAUCUUAAGCUCACACGUACUGAGUUCUGGGAGAGCGAUUUCCCAGAGCGACAGAGAUCACAAUCUCCGUCGCAUCUCCGGAGUUUGGAUAUUCAAUUGAGUAGCAAGUCCCUUGGUGCAUUCCAGAGUUGGGUCUUGCAUUCAGGUAGCAGCGUUUCCUUGGCUCGGCUGAAGGUGUUGCGGCUUCGUGAUGCAACGGGGCCGCGUAUCAAAGAAUUGGGUCCGCUCUUUGAUGCUGUCAUGUCCUCUCUUGAGCGUCUGGAGUACGAGCAAACGGCAAAAGGGAGUGUCAACUCAUUUGGUAAUGCAGAUGGUCAAUGGGAUGAGUUCCCUGACAGCAUAGAGAAUCUGAACCUCCGAUCCUUACUGGUAUCGGGCUACUUUUCUUCUGACAGUACUGCACAGAAAAUCUUAAGCUUCGUCAAUGUCGCCACCAGGCGGUCGGCACGUCUGGAUUUCGUGGAACUUGAUUUCAUUGUCCUUCACGCAGAUUAUAGUGAUGCAUACAGUUGGUUGGGUAUCGAACAAGUACAGGGUGAAGUCAGGACAGUCGGUAAAGAAGUGUCGAUAGAACUGUUCAUGGUUACGGAGGGUUCCGAGUCCUGCAUAUGGGUGUCGAAGGAGGAUAAAAGGUUCUCGAGGAGCACAAAAGCCCUCUUAAAGCUCAGGCUUCUAUGACAUAGUGUUCUUUACAAUUUUUGUCUUUGAUUUUCGUGCAUAAGAGAAGAUCUGAAUCUUAUCGGAUAAAAUGGUCCGGAUCGCGAUUUUUUUUUUGACAUUUACCUCAAAUUUAUAUU